GUGGACGGACAGAUCCUUAUCACCUGCAUCUACAGCCGAGGGUCAGUAAACACUUGCCGUUUACAGAAAGUUUAGGAAUUUCAGAGCAUAAAUUUCUCUCCGCAUUCCGAGAGUGGCAGCAGUCAACAGAAGUUACUGUAAGGAGCGGGAGAGGAGUUUGCGCGUGGACAUUGCUGGAGAGUUGCUUUUCAGUGUAAAAACGAGGCUCGAGCUCCCAAAGGUUUUUCACUACAGGAGAAUGCUUUGACAAGUCUGACGUCUUCAGGAUGAAGUAACAUAUGAGCGAGCGUCUUCCCAGCUUCUGGAAGCCUGCAGCCGAGCCCUUCACACAACCAACCAACCAACCAACCAAUCAGCCAUGCAGCCACAUAUGAUUGACAGCAACUGGACCUCCCCCUCCGCCUCCUCAGCCAAUGAGACGCCGCUGUGCUACUCCAUCAGCAGCCCGCCCUACAACUACACGAGCACGCUGGCGUCGGCGUACUUCUCUGCGGUGUUCAGCGGGCUGGGCCUGAGCUCCAACCUGUUCGCCCUGGUGGUGCUGCUGCGGGCGCUCUCUCUGCGCUGCGCCGCGCGGUCCGCCUCUCGGCCCGGCUCUCGACCGCCACGCUCCUCGCGCUCCUCCUUCCUCAUCUUCCUCUGCGGCCUCGUCUUCACCGACUUCAUGGGCCUGAUGGUCACCGGCUCCAUAGUGGUCUCGUUCCACGCCACGCAGUUCAACUGGCGCCGGCUGGACCCGCACUGCCACUUCUGCAACUUCAUGGGCACGUCCAUGGUGUUCUACGGGCUGUGCCCGCUCCUGCUGGGCGCCGCCAUGGCCGUGGAGCGCUUCAUGGGCAUCAACAGGCCCUUCUCGCGCUCGGGCAACAUGUCGCGGCGCCGCGCCUGCCUGAUGGUGGCGCUGGUGUGGCUGUUUGCGGGCACCGUGGCGCUGCUCCCCCAGGCGGGCGUGGGCAGCUACCACAUCCAGUACCCGGGCUCCUGGUGCUUCCUACGCAUCAGCGCCGAGCUCGGACGCGACCUCACCUUCUGCCUGGUGUUCUCGCUGGUGGGGCUGCUGUCGCUGGCCACGUCCUUCCUGCUCAACACGGUCAGUGUGGUCACUCUGCUGCGCGUGUGCUGCGGGCCGGACGCGGUCCAGAGGCGGCGGGACCACGAGGUGGAGAUGAUGGUGCAGCUCAUCUUCAUCAUGCUCAUCGCCUCCGUCUGCUGGUGCCCUCUGCUGAUGUAUAUUCUCAUGAGUGCCCUGUUGGGGGCGCCAGUGAAACCUGACUACAUUCUGUUCGGCCUGCGUUUGGCCACCUCCGCCACGUGGAACCAGAUCCUGGAUCCCUGGGUCUACAUCCUGUUCCGACGUUCCGUCCUGAAGCACGUCUACCCGCCCAUGGACUGGUCCCGCGGCUCCAUCCUCUCCCUCUACACCUCCGUCCGCAAGCUCACGCGCGCUUCACUGGGGCCCGAGGGGGGGGGCCAAGGGGAGCGAACAGUCCCCCACGCCCCCUCAGACCAACCCCCCAGCUGACCAGUCCUGAGUGGACACACACACACACACACACACACAUGCCUCCCUGCUCCUGGACACACAUAGAGACUGACAGGCCUCAUGAGAGGACAGUGUUUACUGUAUGUGUGAGGGGGUGAGCCUGUGGAACACUUUCUGUGCUUUUUAGAUGUUAAUUGUUUGUGAGCUUCAAUUUGAGUUUGUUUGGGUUCAUUCCCUCCGGCGGUGGAGCGUUUUGUCCCUAUUGGAGGGCGGUAGGCCGGUGAAAGUGUUUAUGUGACCGUGCGGGAACGUAAGCAGCUGUCAUCAUGGCCAUCUGGAGCCCAUCUCAGCCCGUCCUGCACCCUCACCACUAACGAGCUCCACUCUCCACAGUCUGGUCAUGGCCACGUCAGGUGUGUGUGUGUGUGUAUGUGUGUGUGUGUGUGUGUGUGAGUGU